GGCAGGAAAUGUCAUUCUUAUCAAUUUCCAAGGUUUCUCCACGGCCGAUUGGAGUGAUCAUGUAAAUUCCUUCCCAGUACAAAAUAGAACGUAAUUCCCCGACCCAGUUCCCUCCACACUCGCCAAAAUCUUCUAAAAAUUUAAUUAUACAAAACAAACAACCUAAGAAAAUGUCUAAGCUCUACAAAACCGUUAUCACUGCGUGCGACAGAUACGUUCCUAACAACUUACGUCCGCUAUGGAACCACGAAGCUGGACCAAAAACAGUCUUCUUUUGGGCCCCUUUCUUCAAAUGGGGUUUGGUGAUUGCUGGACUAGGUGACCUCACUCGGCCCGUGGAGACCCUUUCCAUCCCCCAAUCUGUAUCCCUGGCCGCCACCGGCAUCAUCUGGUCGCGGUACUCUCUAGUCAUCAUCCCUAAAAACUAUAGCUUGUUCUCUGUCAAUGUGUUCGUGGCCUGCACUAGUCUGUACCAACUCAGUAGGGCUGUCAGACACGCGCAGGAGCAGAAAAAACUUAAGGAAAACUAAUUUACUAAAGUAAUUGAUUGGAGUUCUAGCAGCCAAUAAUCUCUCUUUAAUGUAGUAUUGAAAAAUAUGUAGCUUCAGCUCCUACUGUACUGGGAAUGGAAAGGGGCAAAAAAUGUAUACCUAUUUUAUUUUUGUUAUCAAUAUUCCUUAGUAAUGUUAACGAACAUGU